AUGGCUGCGAGGCGAAAAGUGAAGAAGGUUGUCGAGGAGCAAGUGUCUUUGGGGCCGCAAGUGGCUGAAGGUGAAUUCGUCUUCGGUAUAUGUCAUAUAUAUGCCUCUUUCAACGAUACUUUUGUUCACGUUACGGACCCUACCGGUGCGGAAACAAUUGUCCGGGUUACCGGGGGAAUGAAAGUCAAGGCGGACCGUGAUGAAUCUAGUCCUUAUGCUGCUAUGCUAGCCGCACAAGACGUUGCGGAAAAGUGCAAACUCCUGGGGAUAAAUGCUCUGCACAUUAGAAUUCGAGCUACUGGUGGAACUAAGGCUAGAACACCCAGUCCAGCUGCGCAAUCGGCUCUUCGAGCGUUGGCUAGAUCAGGCAUGCGUAUCGGUCGCAUCGAGGACGUCACACCCAUUCCAACUGACAGCACCAGACGAAAGGGUGGUCGACGUGGUAGGCGUUUGUAA